CCUGGGUCAGUGUCACUAACUAAGAGAGAGCAAGGGUUUCUAUCAGUGGAAGCGCACAGAUCUGGAACUGGCACAUCGUGGAAUUGUGGAUUAGAGAGUUCUCUUUAGCGGUGGCAGCAAUUAACUUGCUCGGUGUCAGGCAGUACAGAUAUUUCGUUGGUUGCUUAUUAGUAGUACCGCAAUAUGCCUUUCCGCCGGCUGGCUGCAGAUUCCGCGGGUGCAGCCGUUUCAUUGUCUCAUGGAGAUGCGCUGUCGUCGCUUCUCGAUCUAACAGCUGCCGUCGUCAUUGCCGCGAGAGGCGCUAAGAUUCUCUCUGCUAGCAUGGGUGCGUGCGAGCUGCUGCAGCAGGAGCCGGGGUCUCUCGAGAAUCGAUCCAUGUUGGAGUUACUUCAUCUCAACGACCAACCGCUCUUCAUGGACACUCUGGUUAAGUGCGCGCGCUUGGCUCCCGCCAGCAGCACAGCACCGUCGCUCCGCUCCUCCAUGCAUGGCCACGUCACAGGAACCAGACAGCAGACUCAUGGUGCGACAACUCCCUCUGGAGGGCUCUCAGUAGACAUGCCACACCCUGUGAGGGCUACAACAGCCAACCAGCCGCACCAGGAGCCGCACGGUUUUCCCUCAGGUGCGUCUUCUUCUGGCGCUGCUGCUCCGGGCAGCGCGGAAAGGUUUCCCCGCCGGCAGCGGCAGCACCAGCUGCAUGUGCGGCUGAGAGUGGAUGAGGAGGCGGAGGGGGAGGAGUUUCAGACCGAGCAGCAGUUCGUCUGGGUGCGCGCGCGGAUGGCGCCAGUAGCGGGAAGAGAACCUGCGGGAAGACAAGCAGAGAGAAGAGAACCAGCUGUAGCAGCGGGAGCAGGAGCAGGAGCAGGGGCUAGAGUGCAACCAGGAGCAGCAGCAGGGGGCAGGGGGAGGUUGGCAGUUGUGUGCGUUUUCGAAGAGCUCGAGGUGGUUCCGGCUUCUGCUGCUGGGGCAGCUGAAGGGGAAGCUGAAGGGACGGCUGUAGCGGCGGCUGCAGCAACCCAAGGGGCGAUGUUUGGGGACUCCACAGCUGCUCCUGCUGCUCUUGCUGCUGCUGCAGGUGCUGCCGCCGCCACAUCUGCUGCUGCUGCUGCUGCUGUUUCUGCUGGUGCGGCGGAUUUCACUGCGUCCGAAAGCCUGUCACCUCCCCCCCCUUUCCCUGAUGCCGUCACGCCAAGUGCUCGUGCCCUUGCUGCUCCGGAUUCCGCUGCGCCUGCUCUUGCGCUCUCCGAAGCAGUAGGCACGCACAACCCAAGACCUCUCCCCCGACGAUCCAGCUCCAAUCAUCUAGUACAGCAGGCAGGGAGGAGAGGAGGUGGGGGGGGAGACGGAGGAGCAGGAGCAGGAGCUGGAGAGAGUGCUGAUAGAGGGGGGGAAGUUUCACCACCAGCAGCAACAGCAGCAGCUGCAGCAGCAUCAGGAUUGGGAGCAAGGCAUGUGCCAUCAACUGCUGCUGCUGCGGCUGCUGCUGGAGGUGCUCUUGUUCCAGUGUAUUCCGGUUCAGCACCUCUUGUUCCCGCAGCGACGGCUGUAGCAGCAGCGGCGGCUGUAGCAGCUGCAGCUGCAGCCGCUACAGCCAGCUGCAAGCCCCAGCCCGCUCCGGUGACUAUAGAGAAGCGAAAAGGCCCCAUGACUCUGCCCACGCUUCCCCGGUGGCGCUCUACCGAGGAUCUUAUAGAGGAAGGAAAUCCGUUAGAAGAUAGGCAUUUGCUAGACCAGCUACCUACGAAAAUAGAGGAGAUUAAAGCGCAUUUGGAGAAUAGAGCGCGGUUGGAGGAACCCCCUGGGGCUGUAGCAGGGGAGAGGAAGAGGCAGGGCGAGCUGGGGAAGUGGCAGGGGGGAAAGGGUGGGAGAGGAGAUUGGGAGCAAUGGUGGGGUGGGCGGACGUGCGCUGAGAGGAACAGUGAACGAUCGAUAGGGCAGGAAAGUGGGAGAGGGGAAGAGAGGAGAGAGGAGGAAAGAGAGGGGAAGGCGACGGUUAGUGAGAAGAGUGAGGGGGGGAGGAGAGAGGGGGAGAGGGGAGAGCACAGCACGAGCGGCGGUUGCCACAGUGGCUCAGCAGAAAUUUGUCGUGAGGCGGCAGGUGUUACUAGUGAUAUGGAUGAUGGUAGUUGCAGGGGCGGCGAUGCAGCCGCUGCUGCGCUGUCAGCCCUUGGUGAGAUGGGGAGCACUGAGAGGGAGGCGUUAUGUGGGGAAGGUGCGGUGGCAACCUGUGUGCUGCACAUUAGGGGGGCGCUGGAAGGGGACGGGCGAGGGGGUGUGACUAGAGCGGAUGGGGGAAUGGACGGGGAGGAGGGGGAGGAGCGGGGGGAGGGAGAGGUGAGGGAAGUGGGAGGGAGGGGGAGAAGCGUAGGGGCUGGUAGCAGCAGCACGGAUCUCCCUACUAUCGCUGCCGCCGCUGCUUGUGCUGUCUCCAUGCACGUAGGAGACUGCCAUGCGUCUAUGGAGGUGGACUAUAACGAGGACAGGACGGAAAUAUUCGAGAGGUUUCAUCCAGAAAAGGAACUGGAGGUGCCAUUGCCUCGUCCUUGUGGGAGAUCGCCAGAGUCAUCGGCAGUGCCUUUGCCAGGGGCAGUGCAAGGGAGAGGUGGGGAGGUGGCGGAGGAGGGGCAGGGUGAUGGGGAGGGUGAGGGGAAGGGUGAGGAGGAGGAUGAGGAGGAGAUAGGGCAUGUGAGCGCGCGGGCUGUGGGUGGGAAGAGAGCGAGGUUCUUGAGCGCGCAGGCUCUGGCAUCUGCAGUGCCAUUGCCAGAGGCAGUGCAAGGGAGAGAUGGGAGAGUGGUGGAGGCGGUGGGUAAGGAGGUGGGUGAGGGGAAGGGAGAGGAGUUGGGUGAGGCGGAGAUGGGUGAGGAGGAGACAGGGCUUUUGAGUGUGCGGGCUGUGGGUGGUCGCGAUGAACCAAAGGGGUCGGUUGCUGAAUUAAGCGCCAGGGCGAGGACAAUGGGACCAGCCCACUGCGCUAGAUCAACGCCAGCAGUUCAAUCUGCUAAAUCAACGGCAGCAGUUCAGUCUGCUAAAUCAACGGCAGCAGAUCGAUCCGCUAAAUCAACGGCAGCAGUUCAAUCCGCUAAAUCAACGGCAGCAGUUCAACCCGCUAAGUCAAUAUCAGCGGCUCGCUCCGCUGCUGCCGAAUCAACUGCUGGGGUGGAUGGUGUGGCCGGUGCUGUGGCCAAUGGUGCCGCCAGUGGUGCCGCCAGUGGUGCCGCCAGUGGUGCCGCCGGUGGUGCUGAGGCGGAAGUGGGGGAGGAAAUUGUUGCAGAGGGGGGAGCGAAGGAGGAGGGGGAGGUGAAGGGGGGAAUGGGGGAGGGGGGGACUGGCGUAGGAGGUGCGGAGGAAGGGGAUAUCUGGACUGACUUUCUUAAGAGAGGGCUGGCUCGACUGCUGGAGGCACAGAAUGCACCGAGUGAUGAUGAGGAGGAAGAGGAGGAGGAUGAGGAGGAGGACGAGGAGGAGGCAGAGGAGGAGGAGAAGGAGGAGGAACAGGAGGGUACCGACAGGGGGAUGGAGGAGAGGGAAGCAGAGCCAGGGGAAACUGGCAAGGCAAGAGAGGGCGAGGCAGGGGAGAGGCCCAUUCAAUUGCCGCCCCUCCCGGCUUGUGAGGGAGAGGUGGAGGAGAUAGUAAGAGUGAAGCCAGGGAGGGCAGGGAUGGGGGCGGAUGCACCUGCGGGGCAAGAGAAGUUCUACUCCGCCUCUGACGCCAUAUUCGUGCUGAAGAACCUCACAGUGGUCGACUGCAACGCCAGUGCGGCCCGGCUGCUCCGCGUUGCCCACGAGGACCGCACGACCCGCAUCUUCGGCGAGUCGCCCGUCGUCUUCUCGCCCCCGGUGCAGCCCGAGGGCAUCCUGUCCGCCGUGGCCAGCGAGCAGCGCUGGCUCGAUAUCGCCACCAACAACGGCCGCCCGUGCCGCUUCCCCUGGGUGCACAUGUCCGUGGACGGGCAAAUGUUCCUGGUCGAAGUUAACGCGAUGGUGCUAGUGCACGGGGCGGAUACUUAUCACAUCACCAUGUGGAAGCAGUACCUGAAUUCGUCAUCUCUUUCGCGCGAGCUGAGGCUGGCUGCAAGGGCGAAACGGGCAGCUGAGAGGUCGCGGGUUCAAUUCCUGGCGAACAUGAGCCAUGAGCUGAGGACGCCGAUCAAUGGCGUGCUGGGGUAUGCGCAGCUGAUGAUGCAGACGCAGCUGGACCCCGAGCAGCAGUCGUACCUGCAGAGCAUUCACGAGUCGGGGGAGGUGCUCCUGGGGACCGUCUCUCAGGUGCUGGAGAUGAGUCAGCUGCAGAAGAGGGAGGUGGUGCCAAGGCGAGUGAGGUUCGACCUGCACAGGGCGAUAGGGGAGGCUGCAGGGAGCAUGCGACCUCUUGCACACAGGAAGGGAUUGCAGUUCGGAAUCAGCAUGGAUAGAUCUGUGCCCCAUACGGUGAUAGGAGACCCCUCCAUGCUGCGCCAGCUGCUGCUGCAUCUGCUAUCCAACGCCCUCAAGUUCACCCACUCAGGCACAGUGCAGCUCACUGUGCGGGUGCUGCCGCUUCCUGCUGCUGCUGCUGCUGCUGGGGGGGGGGCAGGUGGGAAGCAGAGGAGUGUGGCUCGGAGAGGGUCACUGAUUGGGCUGGGUAAGGUAGGGGAAGUGCAGCAGAAUCAGGAGGAAGUGCAGGGGCAGGAGGAGCAGCAGCAGCAGCAGCAGCAGGGGCAGGGGCAGGAGCAGGAGCAGCAGGAGCAGGAACAGCAAAAGGGCGGCCAGCAAAGGCGGGAACAGCAGCAGCGGCAGCAGCAGGAGCAGCAGGCGCCAGCAUCCCAAAUCCUCGAGCUUUCUGAGGUCAAGGGACAGAAGGUUGAGAUUUCGUCAGCUUCCCAGCCUCAAUUGCUGCCGUGUGCACAGAGAGAGAGGGGCGAGAGGGAAAGGGACGGGGGGGAGAGGGACGAGAGGGAGAGGGACGAGAGAGUCGAGAGGGAGAGGGACGAGAGAGUCGAGAGGGAGAGGGACGAGAGAGUCGAGAGGGAGAGGGACGAGAGAGUCGAGAGGGAGAGGGACGAGAGAGUCGAGAGGGAGAGGGACGAGAGAGUGAAGGAUGGAAGAGUGAGGAGUGAGAGAGGGAAGGACGGCAAGCUGGCCACAAAGCUGCGUUUCGAGGUGGUGGACACGGGCGUGGGAGUGCCGCCCAACAUGCUCCAUCAGAUCCUCAAGCCCUUCGUGCAAGUGGACGACUCCGCCGCCCGGGAGUACCAGGGCCUCGGGCUCGGAUUGGCUAUCGCGCAGUCGCUGGUGCGGCUUCUGGGCGGCGAUGGGAUUCAUAUAGCGAGCGAGCCGGCGCGGGGGUCUUGUUUCUCGUUUAGUCUUCCUUUUAAGGUAUGUGAGGGGGAGAGGAGGGUGGAAAGGAGGGGGCAGAGGAGGGGAAGGGAGGGCGGGAGUGUGAGUUUGGAGAGGAGUGAAAAGGGGGGUGGGAGUGAGAGGGGGGGUGGGAGUGAGAGGGGGGGUGGGAGUGAGAGGGGGGGUGGGGAGUGGGGAGCAGGCGCUGGGAGGGGGAAUGGUGAUUGGGAGGACAGUUCUGGCGGGGAAAAACGUGCCAGACUAGACGGGGAGAGCUGGAAGCUAUGGAAUCCAGGUAUGGGGGAGUGUAGUGCGAGUAAAGGUGAGGCGGGUGAGCGGGAGGAUAGGGUAGGAGAGGACGCAAGGAAGGGUAUUGGGGCGAGCACUAAGAGGAAACGAGCAGAGGAGGGUGUUAAUAAUGAGGGGGCGAUGAGGCAGCAGGUUCAGGGGGAGGAGUGGGGAGAGGCGCAGGGGGGACGUUGGGGAGAGCGGCAGGGGGAGGGGUGGGGAGAGGAGGCAAGUGAUGAUAUAGAGGAGGAGAGAGGGGAGGGGAGCAGGGAGGGGAGAGGGGUGGAGGCAAGGAGGGAGGAGGCUCGGAGGCGGAGAUGGAGAGUGCAGCACGACAGGGGCUUCUUCUCCGGCUCUAGUUUUGAGGCGCCGCAGAGCGCCUUUGCCAGAUCUAGAGCAGAGGGGUUGAUUUCGGGAUCCAGGCCCAUGGGGGUUUCGCUGGUGCAUUCCACCAGUCAGGUCCUAGGCCGUCUCGCAGCAAUGCAGGGCCAGGGGCGUGCUCCUGCCCUUGCUCCUGCUGAGGUCACCCUUCCACUUUCUUUCACAGGCACAGCCCCGGAUACGGGCCUAGGCUCAGGUUUAGGCUCAGGAUUAGGCUUGGGUUUAGGCUUGGUCUCAUUUCCAGAGCCUUCACAGCAGCAGCCUCGGAUUUCCCGGAGCUCAUUCGUUCCCUUAUUUGCCAGUCCUGCUGCAGCAGAUGGUGACACUGCAGCUGACAGCACCACUGCAGCCGCUGCUACUGCAACUGUAGCGGCGGCAGUGGCGGCUGCACCCUCUCAGUGCCCCUCACAGGUUGCAGUUACCACAAAUCAAGUAGCAGCAGCUGUAGCAGGCCUGCCAACUGUAGCAGAAGUAACAGCUGGAGCAGGAACCAGUAAGGCUGGGGAUGCAUGCUGGGCGCCUCAACAGGCGGGUGCAGAGCUGCUGCAUUUGGCGGUGGGCGGAAAUGCAGUGAACAGGACUGUGCUGCACCCUGUGGCAUCAACAGCAACAGCAACAGCAGCUGGAGCAGCAGCAACAUCUGUAGCAGAAAUGGAAACCAUUAAGGCCGGGGGCGCUUGCAAGCCGGGUGCAGGGCUGCAGUGCCUGGUGGUGGACGACAAAGCGGUCAACAGGAGCAUGCUGCAGCCUGCACCUGCAGCAGCAACAGCUGCUGUAGCCGGCACCACUAAGGCUGGGGGGGCAAGCAAGUCAGGCUCGGGGCUGCGGUGCCUGGUGGUGGACGACAAUGCAGUGAACCGCAGUGUGCUGCAGCGGCUGCUGCGGUCGCUGGGAGCCGAGCAGCUGGCCGUGGCUCAGAACGGCGCGGAGGCUGUAGCGGCGUGUGAGAGGGAGGAUAGGCUGGAUGUGGUGUUUAUGGAUCUGCACAUGCCUGUGAUGGAUGGGUUUGAGGCAUCGACACGCAUCCUGAAGAUGUGGAGGGGCCGGUAUGGGCCGGAUUCCGUGCCCCGAACCAGCAGCAUGCAGCAGCAGCAAGGGCUUCAUGGUGUGUCUCUGCAAGCAGUGCAGCCCCUGCAGCAGCAGCAGCAGCAGCAGCAGCAGCAGCAGCAGCAGGAAUGUGUAUACCGGUUUAGACCGCUGAUUGUCGCAAUCACUGCAAGUGCAUUAGAGGAGGAAGAGGAGAAGUGUAGAAAGGUGGGCAUGGAUUUUUUUCUCACUAAACCAGUGAGAUUAGCUUCUCUACGGAGUCUUCUCGACCAGGUGAAAGGCGGCAAAUAACUGUAGUGAUCUCGUUUUUCCCCCCUCAUUUGUUGAGGUGGGUUGUAUUGUAUGUGUAGCCACUUGCAAGGGAUAGUAAGAGCGUGUCGUGUUCCUACGGUCUCUUCCCAGAUGUGUAAUUUGAUGUGAAAUUGACACGAAAUGCUUCAGUGCGGCCCGAGUGAUG